GAAGUCUGAGUUCUUUCAAUACAAGGUUGUGGGUURUUAGCCCGUUUUAUCUUCAAUUUUCCCUUUCCAACAAAAUUUGCAUGCUUCUAUACGGUGCGUGAUGGCUUCAAAUUGUAAGAAGAAAGAAUCUACGGUCAUACCUGACAGCAAUGACGAUGACAAUGUAGGAGAGAAACCAACCAAAAAGAGAAAAACUGGAGAUCAAGCAAAAGAUGACAGUACAACAAAGAAAUCCACAGCAGGAAGCAAGAAAAGAAAGAGAGAGGAAGAGAUUGAAGAUGAYGAUGGUGCAUCUAACAUAUCAUCAAAUCAAGGAAUUGCAGAAGAAGAAAGUGAAGAAGUAAAAGUGSUUGAUGAGACAGGAGACAAACCUGAUGAUGUGSCCCUGCCUUUAAGAGGUGAGAUUGUGGCAAAAGACCUUAAUUUGGUCAUGAUAACACCUCAGCUGACUAAAGAAGAUGAAGAAGGCAUGACAUACUUGAAAUUUACCAAGCUAGUAAGGCARAAGAUUAAUAAAGCUAACCCUGGAGCUGAGCACACCAAGAUCAAUGCAUUACUAGGAGCCAUGUGGCAGGACUACAAGAUGUUAAAAGAUAAUGGCAGUUCAGGGAAAAGAGGCUCUAAGAAAAGCAAGAGAAAUCCCAGCAAGAAACCCAAGCACUCCAGAAAGCACUAUUCAGAUGACGAAUUAUUCAUUAAUGACUCUGAUGAAGAUUUUGAUAUUGACAGUGAAGAUAGUGGCCCUCCAACAAAAAGCCGAGCCAAAAUAAAGUUACCAUUUCUGAGUAAAUUGAAAGGAAAACGAGAUAAGAAAAGCAAAGGUGAAGAUGAAAGUGACAAGUGUAGYGAGUCCAGUGCUGCUAGUAGUAGAGCUAAACAAAAAAAGACCAAAUCAAAGAGAAAGAGGAAAAGUGAUGACAAGGAUGGUGAUGAAAGUGACCAAAGCUACAGAGAAAUCAGUGUCAGUAAGUCACGGCGCAAAGUACAAAAGACUCGCAGCAUAAAGAUAAAAGAUACAACAAUGAAGAAAACCAAGGACAAAAAGAGACACAGAGCUCGUGAUGAUGAUGAAGUCAUGGGGGUGGAUGAGCAUCAAGAUUACUGUGAGGCAUGUGAUGAGGGUGGUGAUCUACUAUUAUGUGAUACUUGUACUUUAUCAUGGCAUCUUGGUUGCCUUGAUCCUCCUCUAGAUGAACCUCCUGAUGGCAGGUGGAGCUGUCCUGUUUGUGAGGUUGAGAUGACAAGUACCUCUAGUGAAGACAUACACAGUGACUACUGUCGUGUCUGUAAGGAUGGAGGUCAGUUAUUGUGUUGUGACCAAUGUCCCAUGGCUUACCAUCUCAAGUGUCUCAUACCACCAAUGAAAAGGGUGCCCACUGGUGAAUGGAAAUGCCCAAGAUGUCAGACUGAGCCUCUAAAAGGAAAAGUAGAAAGAAUAUUACAUUGGCGCUGGGUUACCUUACCCAUACCACCUGAUUACCAAGCCAUAGUAGAAGAAGGAACAGAUGAAAAGGACAAAGUUGUUGAUGUAAGAACCAUUGAACACACCGUAGAUAAUGAAAUUGAAGAACAAAUUAAGAAAUAUCGAGUAAUAAGGGAUAAUUAUGACAAGAAAUUGAAGCAUAAAAGAAACAAGUCAAAGAAGAGCAAAAAGAGCCCAGCUCCCACUGGCAAUCAAACAGAGGAAGAAGCUAAACCUGACUCAGAACAACUACAAGUUGAGCAACAGCAUCAACCAGAACAGGAGACUCCUCCUAAAGUCAAUUGCAAGACCAAGUAUGAAAAAGAUCCUCCAUUUCUUGAAGCAACUGGUGGCAAACUGCAUGAAUAUCAAAAGGAAGGCUUGAAUUGGCURAGAUUCUCAUGGGCACAGGGAACCAAUACCAUACUGGCUGAUGAGAUGGGAUUAGGAAAGACUGUCCAGACAAUUGCCUUCUUGUACUCCCUGUAUAAAGAGGGCCACUGUCAGGGACCAUUCCUUAUCAGUGCCCCUCUAUCUACAUUGAUAAACUGGGAGAGAGAGUUCGAGUUCUGGGCUCCAGACAUGUAUGUUGUAACCUAUGCUGGAGACAAGGACAGUAGAGCAACRAUAAGAAAUUAUGAUUUUUCUUUUGAUGAAGAUGCAAUCAGGGCAGGAUAUAAGCCUUAUAAGCUUAAGAAAGAGUGUCCUGUUAAGUUCCAUGUCCUGUUAACAUCCUAUGAACUAGUAAGCAUUGAUGCUAACACACUACAAUCUAUUGACUGGGCAGUACUKGUUGUGGAUGAGGCUCAUAGGCUAAAAAAUAACCAGUCUAAGUUUUUUAGAUGUCUAAGUGACUAUUUUUUUUUCUACAAACUAUUAUUAACUGGUACACCUUUUUUUUUCAAUCUAGAAGAAUUGUGGAAUCUACUCUUUUUUUUUGAUCCAUCAGAAUUCAACAAUAAGAACAUCUUUUUUUUUUAUUUUGACAAUGUCGCUAAAGAAGAUCAAAUCAAGAAACUCCAUGACAUUCUUGGUCCUCACAUGUUGCGACGGUUGAAGGGUGACGUUUUGAAAGGAAUUCCCUCCAAGAAUGAACUGAUUGUCAGAGUGGAAUUGAGUUCUCUUCAGAAGAAAUACUAUAAGUUUUUUUUAACACGUAAUUUUGAAGCCCUGAAUACCAAAGGUGCACAACAAGUAUCACUGCUAAAUAUUAUGAUGGAACUUAAAAAGUGCUGUAAUCAUCCUUAUCUAUUUUUUUUUGCUGCUCUGGAUGCACCAAGUUUUUUUUCUGGGAACUAUGAAGUACAUGCAUUGACUUUUUUUUGUGGUAAACUUAAUCUACUGGCCAACAUUUUUUUUUAGCUCAGAGAACAAAACCACAGAGUUUUUUUUUUUUCUCAGAUGACUCGUAUGCUUGACAUCCUUUUUUUUUUCCUAGAGGGGCAUGGGUACAAGUAUGAGAGAAUAGAUGGAUCAGUGAAUGGUUCAGCCAGACAUUUUUUUUUUGACAGGUUUAAUGCACCAAAUUCUCAAGCCUUCUGUUUCUUACUUUUUUUUUGUGCUGGAGGACUGGGUAUUAAUCUAGCUUUUUUUUAUACUGUCAUUAUCUAUGACUCUGACUGUUUUUUUUACAAUGACAUACAAGCAUUCAGUCGUGCCCACAGAAUUGGUCAGAAUUUUUUUUUACAGAAAAUCAUGAUCUAUCGCUUUGUAACAAGAUCUUUUUUUUUAGAGAGGAUCACACAGGUUUUUUUUAAGAAGAUGAUGUUAACUCAUCUAGUGGUGCGCCCUGGGAUGGGUUCUAACAAGGCCACCAUUAUUUUUUUUACAGAACUGGAUGAUAUUCUAAAGUUUGUUUUUUUUGAGCUCUUCAAAGAUGAUGAUGUCAAAGAUGGAGGUUCUGGUGACAGUGUUGUAUUCCACUACGUUUUUUUUGCUAUAGAUAGAUUACUUGACAGAGACCUUUUUUUUGUAGAUGAUAACAGUGAGGAGUCAAUGCUUGCCAAUGAAUACUUAGCUUCAUUCAAGGUUGCAAGCUACAUUGUAAUUUUUUUUGAAGAUGAUGUUGAAGUUUUGAAGCAAGCUUUUUUUUUUGACCAAGAUUACUGGGAGAAAUUACUUCGCCAUCACUAUGAGCAAUAUAGAGAAGAUGAAGCAUUUUUUUUUGGGAAAGGAAAGAGAAUAAGGAAACAGGUAAACUAUGUUGAUGGGAUGACUGUUUUUUUUGAUGACUCAGUAUGGGCCAAAGACAUGUCAGAUUUUGAAGGUGAUGACUUGAGUGGCAUUGAAGAUGAAGAGGAAUCAGAUGAAGAAUUCAACCAAAAGACAGAAGGGCGGCAAAGGAGAGGACGWUCAGGCAGAGAUGAUGUUCUACCACCCAUGCUUGCUAAAGUUCAAGGAACUCUAGAGGUUUAUGGUUUAAGCUUGAGACAACGUAAAGCAUUCUUUAAUGCUGUCAUGCGGUAUGGACUUCCGCCCCAAAAAGACUUCACCAAGACGCAAUGGUUUGUUAGAGAUCUGAGAGGUAAAGGAGAGAAAGCAAUACAGGCAUAUUCAGCCAUGUUUCUGCGUCAUGUCUGUGAGCCAGAUGAUGGCAGAGAUGUUUUUGGUGAUGGUGUACCACGAGAAGGAAUGCAGAGACAACAAGUCUUAACCAGGAUUGGAAUCAUGAGUCUGAUACGACGCAAGGUAGAAGAGUUUGCUCCUAUCAAUGGUUGGGACAGCACUGCUUUUGAAGACAGCACUACUUUUGCUUCUAGCAAAUCAUCAUCAGGUGUAUCGACGCCUGUUAGUUUUGAUAACAAAGAUCCUACUACAGUYACUGAGGAAAAGACAUCCACUGAACCAGCAACAUCUGAGACAGCAGAACCAAAGAAAGAAACCUCUGAAGAUAAAGACACAAAACAACCAGACAAUAGAGACAACAAAGAUGACAAAGACAGUAAAGACAACAAAGAUAAAAAAGACAGUAGAGACAACAAAGAUAACAAAGACAGUAAAGACGGCACUGACAUUGAAGGUGAGAAAUCAAAAGAAACAACAAGCGAAGCCGUUAAAGAAGAAAGCAAAGAGAGUCRGGUCAUCAAAACAGAAACCAAAGAUGAAAAAGAGUCUGACAAGAAAACAGAUGACGUCAASCCUAAAAUAGACCCACCAAAAACUGACACUGAAAAACAGGACAAGAAACCAACACAGCCUGCUAAACCACUAGAAAAGAAAUUUAUGUUUAACAUUGCUGAUGGAGGUUUUACAGAGCUGCAUACUCUAUGGGAAGUAGAGGAAAAGAGGAAAUGUGAUGAUAUAUGGUGGAGAAAGCAUGAUUACUGGCUGUUAGCUGGUGUUGCUUACCAUGGAUAUGCUAGAUGGCAGGAUAUAGCAAACCAUCGCAUGUUUACAGUUAUUAAUGAACCAUUUAAGAAUGUAUCACUGGAAUACAAGAACAGGUUUAUUGCCCGUCGGUUUAAGUUGUUGGAACAAGCCCUUAUCAUUGAAGAACAGCUUAGAAGAGCUGAUGGUAUGAAUCUCAAACAAGAAGCACAGCAUCCUGCUAUGGCUUUAAAUGCAAGGUUUGCAGAGCUUGAAUGUUUGGCUGAAAGUCACCAGCAUUUAUCCAAGGAAUCGUUAUCAGGCAACAAGCCAGCCAAUGCCGUGCUUCAUAAAGUGCUUAACCAGCUCGAAGAGUUACUGGCAGAUAUGAAAUCUGAUGUGAACCGUCUUCCGUCAACCUUGAUACGCAUGCCUACAGUAUGUUCACGUCUSAACAUGUCAGAACGUGGUAUUCUUAGCAAGCUGACUAAAUCUGGGRCUGCUAAUGCAGAAAGCAGUGCAGCACGACCACCUGCKCCAGGUAACGUUAUUCUCUACCAACAACAAGGGGUUGCUACCAUAUCAGUCAAGCCACCUCUCCCUACCACCCUACUUUUACCUGCCUCUGCGAUACCUGGUUCAACAAGUCCAGUUAUCCAAGGAAGGGUUGUCUCUCCUAUGGUAACAACUAAGAUUGUGGGACAACCGUUGAAUUCACCAACGCCAACGCCGUAUGUUAGCACCUUGAUUACAGGUGCACCAAGYUCAACGCCUUCAUCAGUCACUACGGCAGCCACCCCAAUUAGUAGCACUCACAGUCCAUCAAGUAGUCCAUCUGACACCCCUCGUAGUCUAACCCCACCUUCAAAACAACCGAUUCUAAGUAAGAAAGCUAGUGCUUUAGUGGAUAACCAGCUAACUUCCAUCAUACGAAGCAAGGCAUCUGCUAUGGGACUUUUACGUGGUGACAGCCCUGGCAGCCCAUCCAGCCCAAGUGAUGACAAAAGGCCUGAUACUAGUACUAGUGACGAAAAGUCUCCUGAUAUUAUAUGUCUUGACUGAUUCAUCUAAAAUGAUUUAAGAGAAAUGGUUUUAUUUAAUAUGAUAAAUCAUUGUUGGGCCACAAACUGACAACAAUGACUAUCUGGUUCAAUCUGUAAACUCGACUUGUUGAUUCCAUUGCAAUCUCAGCUAACACGUGUUUGCCAGAAGUUACAUCGCCUUCAAUAGCCAUAUUCACAGAUAUGUAACAUUGCAAUUUGAUGGAAAGGAAUGACGACCUGUGAAGGUGGAGCUGCGAACUAUGAAAGGAAGAGCUUUUUUGCAUUUACGCUGACAUUGUUGAAACAAGAAAAUUAUUUAAAAUGUGAGAUUCCUGUUCAUUUCAACACUGUUAUCAAGAUAACGAUUAAAAAUCCUCGAACACAGAUA